CUAGCAAAUAUUUUAUCGAAUAAAUAUAAAGGAUUUGGUGAAACAAUGGAAAAUUGUUCUAUCGAUUUGCAAAAGAAAAAAUUAACUGUACAAAUCAACAGGAAGAAAAGUUUCAACAUUGGCUAUUGUUGUUUGGAUAAGACUAUAUUAGAUCGUGUUUACUGGUCGAUUUAUGGUUCCAUAUUGACUGAUACAGGUAGUAGUGUGAAUAGUAGUAGUAGUAGUAGUAGUAGUAGUCAGAAUAGUAGUAAUAUUAGCAAAG